AUGUUGUUUGUAGCUGGUGUUUUGAAAGAUCUAUUAACAAAGAAUACUGAAAAUGCUGGACAACAUAGUAAUUUAAGAAAACAUUAUUUUUUUAAAAACCCACAAAAUACCUUUAAUCAUAUAAAUUUUUUUGAAAAUUUAAGUAAUAAUAAAUCUUUUAUAAAUAAUAUUACAAUAGUUAAUGGAAAAAAUGGUGAUCAAUUUACAAUUUAUAAAAAUAAAGUGAUAAGAAAUAAUAAAGAAGAGGAAGAAUUUAAAAAUGAUAAAGAAGAUGAUGAAUAUAAAGAUGAUUGUGAAUCAAAAGGAACAGGAAGUUUUAUUGAUGAUAAUAUUUGGGAUGAAAUGAAACUAAAUAUCUCAUCUGUUUCUUCAAAUUAUUCCACCACCAAAUCAUAUUUAUAUAAAUGGCAACCUAGAUUUCUUGAAAAAUCAUUGUCAUCAUCAUCUUUAGAAAAAACAUCUUCAAAUAUUAAUUUAGAAAAUUGUCGAAAUAAAAUAAAAAAACAAAAAAUAUGUAAAAUAAAUUAUGAUGAGAUAGAAAAUAUAUGUGAAAAAGAUUUAGAUUAUAUAUCAACAACCCAAAAUCAUUCAAUAAAAAUAAGUAAAGAUGUUUUAGAAAAAUUAAUUUCCAAAUAUAAUUUAAUAUGUGGAGAUAAUUUUAAAAUUGAAGAUGAAUAUAUAGAUGAUACUUAUAAUGAUGAAGGUUGUUUUACACAUUUACAAUUUCAUAUUUUAUAA